UUGGAAUCGUGUGCUUGUGUCAUAACAAAUUAGCCUUCAAACUGUGACAUGCGCUAACCAGCUAAUUACUGUGCAUUCUUCUACCAUACUCACCUUGUUUGUCUACUCGUCUAGCAGUCAAUGAAUUCAUGGUCCGUUUCAUGUAGAGCUAAACAUUGAUCGGGAACUGUUUCUGGUUAAAUGUCGUUGAAAUAAAAAUUGAAAUGAUCGGUUGGAACGCUAUUAUGUAUAUGAAGCCGGUUUGCACACGUGAUACUCAGCACUACCUGUACAGCGGCCAGCAGCCGGCAUACUCUGGCUACCCCUUGGGACAGCCCCCCUACCAGGGUCAGCAGCCACUAUACCAGGGCCCACAGACAUCGUACCCAGGCCAACAGCAGCCCUACCCGGGCCAACAGCCACCGUACCCGGCGCAGCACUCGUACACGGCCCAGCAGAUACUCUACCCGGGUCAGCAGUCCCACAACCCUCAGUACGUGGGCGAAGGGAUCCUCAUGUCCGGACCCGCGCAGUACGAGGCACCCAUGGAGCAGGAACUCGACAAUUUUGACUUCGACGACCAGAGUGUCAGGAGAGGGUUUAUCAGGAAGGUGUACUCGAUCCUGAUGGUCCAGCUGCUAUUGUCCUUCGCCGUCGUCACACUCUUCACCUUCCACGAGCCCACGAAGCAGUUUGUGCUGCGCACCCCGCAGCUGUGGUGGAUCGCGCUUAUCCUCGUGUUCGUGACCAUCCUCGCCAUGGCGUGCUGCGACAGCGUGCGGCGCAAGGUGCCGUUCAACUUCAUCUUCCUGUUCGUGUUCACGGCGGCGCAGAGCUUCAUGCUGGGCACCCUCGCCUCCGCCUUCGACGGCGACGCGGUGAUGAUGGCGGUGGGUCUGACGGCCGCCGUCUCCUUGGGGCUCACACUCUUCGCCUUCCAGACAAAGUGGGACUUCACGGUGCUGAGCGGCGGGCUUCUGGCCGCCUCCAUCGUCCUGCUCAUAUUUGGCAUCGUGGUGGCCAUCUUCCCAGGCAAGGUGCUCAUUCUUCUGUACGCCUCCAUCGGCGUCAUCAUCUUCUCCCUGUACCUCGUCAUGGACACGCAGCUCAUGAUGGGAGGCAAGCACCGCUAUUCUCUCUCUCCCGAGGAGUACAUCUUCGCGGCGCUCAACCUCUACCUGGACAUUGUCAACAUCUUCGUCUACAUCCUCACCAUCAUCGGCGUCGCCCGCAGCUAAGGUGGAUCCGCCUGCAGAUGCGCUUUCGCACCAGGAUCUCACCGGCUUCUUCAACAGCCCAGUCUCAAUUGGAAAUGUCCAAUAAAAAUCUAUCUGACACACAAUCGUAUAAAUGAACGUCAACAGUUUUAACCAGAUCAAAAAAUUAAUAUAAAAAACAAUAUUUAAAACAAGCUGUAGUCAUCUACUCUUAUGACAGAAAAAUACAGUGACGUGACUAGCAGUCAAAGUCAACAAACACGCAAAAAAUCAGUAUGCGAGAGUCUUGGUCGAUGCCAAAUUACCGAACGAGCCAAACUGUGGAAUGCCGGAUUAAAGAGUGCCUACUGUACUAGUCGUGGUUUUCAAAGACGACCAUUGAGUGGUGAUAAGCCAGUGAUUCCAUGUGCACAGAAAUUUCCUACUUGUACCGAAAUGUUCUGUAGAGUAUUGCAUAUGGAUAGUGUUUCACUUCCAUUUCCUUACACCAACAUUUGAUUGUUCAGUUGAAAUGCUCGGUAUAGCCUAGUUAAUCACAAUGUUGAACAAAACUUCUUCUCUAAUAUGUAUGUUAUAAAGAAACUACUUCAGAGUGUCCAAAAAAAACUGUAGAAAUUUUCCCUGAUUUUUCCAUGACCAAAAAUAAAAAUUCCCUAAGUUUUUUUUAAAAAUAAUUUAUCUAUAGUCAAUUAUCUAAAAGAAAUAAUCCAGCCUCCACCAUUCCUAUUGCUGUACUAGUUCAAACAGAACCCUGCAUACACUGUUUUAGUGUGAGAGACAGUGCACUAAAACACAAUAUAGAAAUGAAUGUGUUUUAAGUCUCAAUGAUGGCAUAGGUACUAGAGCAUGACAUUUUCCUCUCAAAUUAUUAUUACUGAGGAAUUUUCAUUACUUUCCAGGUUUUAAAGUAAAUUACCUGACUUUCCCUGACAUUCAAGAAAGCGAACAUCAUGUGUAUAUCCUUCCUUAAUUCAACUGACAUGCUUUCAAAAAAAAAAACCCUAAAAUAAUAAAAGUUAUCUGUGUACAGAAACAGUUUCUGAAAUGCUAAAAUUUCAUGCUGUUAUGGAAAACAGUUCAGAAAAUCUAGCAACUCUUGUAACAGAACCAAAGACACGGUCACUAUUGUCCAGCCAAACAGUUGAGGAGUUGUUUUCUAUUUGCAUCUUACAGUGGCAGAGCUGAGUGUUUUGCAAUACUUGAAAAACAUCUUUUGAAAUUGAAUAAAAAUGGUAAAUCUUUUUAUUACUAAUUUAUAAUUUUUAAAACACUCAUUUAGCUACCCUCUGAAAGGGCAUGUCCAAAAUUGAUCCCGAGCAUUUCUUAUUGUCGCAUAU